AAUCCCAUAAACCAACGAAAGCAAAUGUUUGGUUUUAAAUAGAGAACGUGACCAAGACGUGAUAAAUGACAUUAAAACGCAGAAAUGAAGCAACGGGAACACUUUGCUCAGGCCAUAGAUAUUCCGAGCAAUUAAAUGGCCAAUGGAUGGAAAUGACUAGGGCGAAGCUCUAAAACUGGCAAUGAAAUCCAACUAUAAAUGCAAUAUUAUGGCAGCAACAACAAAUUAUUACUUGCAAAACCGUAAGCAAGUCAACGACCCUUUUGUUUCUGCCACAGCACAGCCAUGAGAUCCUUAGUUUUCAUAAUUUUAACCAUUGCCUUGGUUGAGGCCGUUCUCUUUCCCAAACUACCCAAACUGGUGAUGCGUUACGAUGACAGCGAGGAGGAUGGUGCCCUCUUCAAAUGGCCCAAAUUUGAUCUCUUCGAUAAGCCAUCAUUAAAGGAGAAGCUGCUCGAAAAGGAGAAGGAAAAGGUUACAUUGCUCGAGAAACUGGCUGACAAAAAGGAAGAGAAAUUCGAGGAUCGCCUGUGGAAUUUCUUCGAUGACAAAGACAAUGUCAAGACGGUAUUGGAAAAGCUCAAAAUUGAUCAUCUUGAAAAGACGACAACGGAGAAACCAUGUAAAUGUCCCGAAUCCCAUUAUGAUGAGUGCGGUGGGGUGAUUAGAUAUUUUAGUUAAAGAAAUGGAAAAAAUUAUUUAAAAAAUAACAAGAAAAAAUAAAU